AUGCCCCUCCCAUCCGACAAAACGCAAGUCACCCUACACUCAACAUCGACUAACCCGUGUCCAGGUCCAGGAGCGUUCAUCCUGAACCCACGCUUCUCGAUCUUCACCGGCUCUUUUUCCGCGGUACCGCCACCAAGAAACGGCAACAUGGAUCCCAACAGGCCCCUCGGCAUCAAGCGCGAGCCUGACGAGCCUCCCAAGAUCACGACCAUUCCUCAGGCUACACCCCAAGCUACACCCGCAACCGAAUAUGCUACUACAACUGCAAGCUUUGCCGCUGGCGAUAGCAUCACCGUGGCCACUACACCCACAACCACAAAAGCAACCCCAGCCAAGAAAGCCGCUGCCACCCCCCGGAAGCCCGCUGCUAAGAAGACAGCGGCUGUCAAGACACCUGCUGUUCCGAAGGCUGCUGCUGCUAAGGCUACUGUGAAAGCUACUCUCAAGACCACUGCCAAAGCCACACCCAAAUCUGCCGCGAAAGCCACUCCCAACACCAACACCGCAGCCGGAGCCGGAAUAACUCCCACCACCACCGCUCGCUCAACCGGUACCGGUGCCGGUGCCGCUACCGGCCGUCCUCGCGGCCGUCCUAGGAAGAACGCAACAAGUAACGCCGCCACCACCGCCGCGGCCACCAACAUACCUCUAAACGCCAGCGCCAGCGCCAACAAAAACACCACCACAGGCAACGCAGCGAGCAGCUCCUCCCCGCUUUCAGCGGCAGCGGCGGCAUCAUCUUCUUCUCCCAUUCCCAUCAUUGUAGCUACCGCUAACCGCCCUGCCCCUGGUCCCGCUGCAGCUACUCGCCAGCCGCCUACCAACAAUAGAGGCGGCAGAGGUGGUUCUGCGACUGCGGCUUCGUCGUCGACUACAACACCCGCUAAACGCACCGCUAGUUCUAGUCGCAGCAGCGCUGAUGCUGUUGCUGAUGGUACUGGUAGAGCCAAUAAGCAGCGGAAGCUUGCGGGAGGGGCUUCAACAGCAGCUUCAACAGCAGCUUCUAAACCUGCGGGACCUCCGGGACCUCCGGUGGGACCGGCAAAGCCAUCGGGACAUGGACCUUCAGCAGCGGCGGCGGGGGCUGCGGGAACGGGAACGGCUUCGGGAACAGCGGCUGCGGGAACGGCUUCGGGAACGACAACGGCUGGGGUGAAGAAAGGUGGUUCCUGGAGUGUGGAUGGGCAGGAGAUUAAUCGGAGGCAUAAGGAGAAUGAUUUGCAUUUACUCGAAACAGGCGAGUUCUCGGAUGCCACCAUCAUUUGUCUCAAGAAGAAGUGGAAGGUGCAUAAGAUGAGAUUGAGCACGCGCAGCGCUUGGUUUAGGGAGGCUUUCGCUGGUAGUGAUGGGACGGGCCAAAUCAGCGAGAUCAACCUCCACGAGCAAAACGCUGAUGACAUCGAGACUAUGCUGAGGUUUAUGUAUGCUGAUUCCCUCGACGACAACCUAACCCACCCCUCCUCCCUCCCCACCCCCAUCACCACCUACGUAACCCUCUACAACCUAGGCCACACCUUCCGCAUCCCGCUCCUCUGCCGCGACAGUCUCACCCUCCUCGGUCAAUACCUCGACACCAAGCUCCUCCUCCUCUGCACCUAUUCCGUCCCGGCCUCCGGCCGCUCCGGCGUAAUCGACCACUCCGACCCCCUCUUAUCCCCCUCUGCCUACGCCACCGACCUCUUUUCCGCAAUCUUCACCGCCUACUCCGGCGUCAACCAGUCAACCAAACUCCACUCCCUCCUCGCCUCCUUCCUCUGGGCCGGCCGCGACCGGCUCUUCCGCCUCCCUGGCUUGCGCGCACUAGUCGACCAGUGUCCAAUGCUAGGCACCGACGUCUUCAAACUUUUACUAGGAGACAACUCCUCUAGUUUCAUCCCGCCGACAACCAUCAAACUCACUAAUCUACCAGGCGGCUCCGACAUCGACGAGCUUAAAGCGAAACACUUCGGUCCUACCUGCUCUCGCUUAGACCACACCCGCAAGACGCAGCAUCCUGAUCGGUGUGAGUGCUGUGACGAGGUGUUUGAUGAUGAGAGGUGGGCGAAGCGGGUGUUUAAUCCGUUCAAGGUGGUGGUGCGGCCGGCGGCGUGGUGUAGGAGGUGUGUGGAGGGGAAGAAGAAUCCGAAUGCGCCGGAGAGAGGGGGUGGGUGGAGGGGGGGGAUUGGGGGGCGGUUUGAGUUGGGGGUUGGGAGUGGGCAGGGGCCGGUGAAUUUGGUUGGUGAUCGUGGUGAUGGGAAUGGGGAGGGUGGAAAUGGGGGAGAGGGUGGGGAGAGAAGGAAGGGGCCACUGGAGGACGUGGUGCCGAUGUGGAGGUUGAGGGUGGGUGGGGAUGAUGAGUGA